UUUUUUUUGAAAGAUCCGCAGCAUCCACUGCCGAAAAUAAGAAUGUUAAGUUACCGUACCUGGAAAGUCACACUUCCGACACCGGUCCUCCUCCCCACCUCUAUCCCCGCCACUAAAGAGGUCUACUUACUAUUCCACCCCACCCACUCUUUCUUCGAUUUGCAACGAACUUCCUUUGCUUCAGCAGUAACCACCCAAAAUGGUUGCGAGACAAUCUCCGUUCGAUCUGUCUAAAUGUGCGCGCAAGAAUAUCUUGCAAUUGCAGCCUUACCGCUGCGCAAGAGAUGACUACAAAGAUGACGGGACGAAUGUCCUACUCGAUGCCAACGAAAACGCAUACGGUCCUGGUCUUGCCUUGAACUCCGAGGGCGCAUUACAAGUUUCUACAGUUAAUGGAGCUUCGGCUGGUUCCUCAAAGCCAGACAUCGAUUUCUUAGGAUUGAAUCGCUAUCCCGACCCACAUCAGAUUGAGUUGAAGAAACUUUUCUGCAGCCUCCGCAAUUCCCAUAUCCACAGCCAAAAGGACCUGACCCCCGAGAACCUUUUCGUCGGAGUCGGCUCCGAUGAGGCCAUUGAUGCCCUAUUGAGAUGUUUUUGCGUGCCAGGCAAGGACAAAAUCCUUACAUGCCCCCCUACUUAUGGCAUGUAUGGUGUUAGCGCGCAGGUCAAUGACGUGGACAUCGUUAAGGUGCCUCUGGAUGUUGAGAAUGGCUUCCAACUGCAGCCUGACAAGAUAAUCGAGACCCUUUCUGCGGAUGAUUCCAUUAAAAUGGCGUACAUCUGCUCACCUGGUAAUCCCACGGCCAACUUGAUCCGCAAGACCGACAUUCAGAAAGUGCUGGAACACCCGACAUGGAACGGUGUUGUCGUCGUGGAUGAGGCGUACAUUGACUUUGCCCCCGAAGGCUCCAGUCUUGCUGAGUGGGUUAACGAUUGGCCCAACCUGGUGGUUAUGCAGACUUUAAGUAAGGCUUUUGGUCUGGCCGGUAUCCGACUGGGAGUUGCGUUCACUAGCCCCCCGAUCGCCCGUCUUCUGAACAGCCUGAAGGCCCCUUACAACAUCUCGAGCCCAACUAGUGCAGUAGCUACGGCUGCUCUUUCGCCGAAGAACAUGGCUGUUAUGAAGAAAUACCGGGAGCAGAUUAUCGCUCAGCGCGAGCGCUUGCUGCAGGAGCUACCCAAGAUUCCGGGGGUGGGCCGCUUCCUUGGCGGACAGGAGUCGAACUUCCUUCUAGUCGAACUUUUAGAUAAGCCGGCUAGUGAAGGAGGAAAGCCUAGCAACAAGAUUGCUUUGGGAGCAUACGAAGCUAUGGCGGAAAAACGCGGUGUUGUGGUACGCUUCCGCGGAAAAGAACUAGGAUGCGAAGGUUGCCUACGGGUCACGGUGGGAACAGAGCAAGAAGUCACCAAGUUCCUGCAGGAGCUGCGGGUGGUCCUAGAUGGUCUCCUCAGGGGCGUGGGUGUGGAUGUCUAGACCUUGAGAGGAUAGCUGAGUCAGAAGUCGAGCCAACGAUGUCGUUUUCUUUUCGAAUUUCUUCUACUUAUCAGGAUAGACUUUUCUUAGCCUUUUACAUUAUCUUUGCAAUAUAGAACGGGGACUUUCAUUGAUACUAACAAUUGAUUGUAC